AUGCUCAUCUUACCAAUUCUCUACUAUGCCUUCACGGGUCUCGUCUUCAUUGCUCGGUUUAGUGGUAUGGUGGUGGUCAAAAUUCGUUUACACACCGCACAGCGCUGCAUCACGUUCGGAGGCAGCACCGUGUUCUACGGCCCGAAGGCACUGGAGAUGGUUUGGUGUCCUGCUCUCCUGUCACCUGGCAAGCCCCCCGGUGAAUCAUGGUCGCCGCCGUACGGCGAGGUCCCGGUGACGCCAAUUCCGGUCUACACCAAGGCGAUGUUGGUCCACUACUGGGGACUGGAUCAAUAUCGGUGGUUCCGCGAGGAGGAGGAGGCGCAGGAAGAGCCGGAAUGGACCCGAUGA